GAGCCCACUCUGGUCCUGCAGCUGUGCGCGCGAGGAGGAUGGCCGGACUGGACCUGGUACCUGGGACUCACCUGUGCACGUGACCCCCGGGGGACUGACCCGAGUGUGACCCGAGUGUGACCCGAGCAGCGGCGGCGGCGGCCCGAGGAGCUUCUGAUCCCGGCAGGACUCAGGCGCUGCUCCUGGUUCCGACGGACGGACUCAACAGCCUUAAGUCCCGGCUCCCUCCGCUCGGAUCUCCCUCCCGCGGGGUUCGGUUCUGCCUCCCGCGGGGUUCGGACGCGUCAUUUGGACUUUUGUUCCGGGAUUUAAUUUGGAAAACGCUAAAAAACCUCCUCCUCCUCCUCCUCCUUCUUCUUCUUCUUCUUCUUCUUCUUCUUCUGUCACGUCUUUCUCCCUGUGGCUCCCGAUAGCAUUAGCAUUAGCAUUAGCAUUAGCCGGCUAGUGCAGUUACCAGGCAACAGGCCGUCCCGUUAGCCGUUAGCCGCUAGCCGUUAGCCUGGCGCACAUCCGGCACCGCAGCGACUCAGCGCUCGGAGCUACGCCGGGGAGGAGCUGCCUUCGCCGGUCAGCAGCAGGAGCAACAGCCGGUACUUUCCCCGGUGCCAACACUACAACGAAACACGACCAGAACCGAGUGUUUUUCACCCGUGUUCUCCCCGCAGCGAAGCCCCGGGCCCCGCUGCGUCUCACGGCGGGUUUAUUUAAAGACUUUAACUCUAAAAAAAGACAAAGUUUCGCCUUUUCCAUCUCCGGAGCUUUAGCUUUAGCCGCUAGCCGAGCCACGGGCUGUUGACGUCCCGUCCCCGCCGCGGACUCAAGUGUGUUUUUGUGGGUUUUUUUGUGUUUUUGUGUGGUUUUUUUUGGUUUUUAUGGAUGUAAGUCGGAUCUGAAGUGUGAACAGGGAGCUUCGGGACAUGGGGUAGCGGUGUAAAGUUACCCCCACAUCUGUAAGCACCGCGGGAUCCGAGAGAAGCGCGCCCGGGGAGGAGGCUGCCUGUGUGGGCUUGAGCGCGGAGCAGCCCCGGUCCCCUGGAGGAUGUAGCGGGGGGGACGCGUCUGUUUCUCUGGAUGAUCUGAACAGUUUCUCCCGCAGUGUUUGGCUCCGGUGUGGAGGUCACAGGUCACCGGACGCGCACAGAUUCGGGACCCGGGGACACGAGGACUCGGGGUUCGGUUUUGGGACUCGGUUUCGGGACUCGGGUUUUGGGACCGGGCCGCAGACAUGAACUACCAGCAGCACCUGGCCACCUCCGCGGCCAUCCGAGGAGAGAUCCAGCGCUUCGAGUCCGUGCAUCCCAACAUCUACUCCAUCUACGAGCUGCUGGAGCGGGUGGACGAGCCGGUGCUGCAGAACCAGAUCCGAGAGCACGUCAUCGCCAUCGAAGAUGCGUUCGUGAACAGUCAGGAGUGGACGCUGAGCAGAUCUGUGCCCGAACUCAAAGUGGGGAUUGUGGGUAAUCUGGCGAGUGGGAAGUCUGCGCUGGUCCACAGAUAUCUGACCGGAACAUACGUCCAAGAGGAGUCUCCAGAAGGCGGUCGGUUUAAGAAGGAGAUCGUGGUGGACGGUCAGAGUCACCUGCUGCUCAUCAGGGACGAAGGAGGCCCCCCGGAGGCUCAGUUCGCUCUGUGGGUGGACGCCGUGGUGUUCGUCUUCUCUCUGGAGGAUGAGAUCAGUUUUCAGACGGUGUUUCAUUAUUUCACUCGUUUGGCCAAUUUCAGAAACACAAACGAGCUCCCGCUGGUGCUUGUCGGGACGCAAGAUGCGAUCAGUUCGGUGAAUCCUCGUGUGAUCGACGACGGUCGAGCUCGUAAACUCUCCACUGAACUGAAACGAUGCACCUACUACGAGACCUGCGCCACCUACGGGCUCAACGUGGAACGAGUCUUUCAGGACGUGGCUCAGAAGAUCGUGUCUCUGAGGAAGAAGCAGCAGCUCUCCAUCGGUCCCUGUAAAUCACUUCCCAACUCCCCGUCACACUGUCCUGGAACCACAACCCAGACCAACACCGCACUGCCUCUCACACAGACGUCGAACGGUUCUGCGACCGGAGGAAAUCUGAGCGAUUACUCUUCGUCUGUGCCGUCCACGCCCAGCACCAGCCAGAAGGAGCUACGCAUCGAACCGCAGCACGCCAACGCCGCCAACACGCCCACGCCCGUGCGCAAGCAGAGCAAGAGGAGGUCCAACCUGUUCACGUCUCGAAAAGCCAGUGACCCCGACAAAGACAAGAAGAGUGUGGAGAGCAGAGCGGACAGUAUCGGGAGCGGGAGAGCCAUCCCCAUCAAACAGGUACACACACACACACACACACACACUAUACACACACACACACACACUAUACACACACACACACACAGGUACAGGGGGCGCUGUCACACACUUACACAUCCCCCCACACCACAAUCCUCCAUAAAAACACAAACACAUGAACACAGCAACUGGACAAACCUGAGCGAUGUGCAGGAGUUUCAUUACUGCGACACUCUGAAGGGGGAGCGACUCAGCACAGAGAGCAAUGAGAGACUUAGUGACACGGAGCUACGGCAUGGAGCUGCGUCGCCAGCAGGGGGCGCUGUGCUCUGCUCGUUACAGGUCCUCACAGAGCCAGCAGGGGGCGCUGUGCUCUGCUCGUUACAGGUCCUCACAGAGCCAGCAGGGGGCGCUGUGCUCUGCUCGUUACAGGUCCUCACAGAGCCAGCAGGGGGCGCUGUGCUCUGCUCGUUACAGGUCCUCACAGAGCCAGCAGGAGGCGCUGUGACGCUCUCCUCCGCCUCAGAUCUGCUCUGCUCAUUAAAAUCCUGCAGGGAGGACGGGCACGCCCCCACUCGCCCCCACGCGGAUCUGACGCGGCUCUCGGGGGCCUCUGAGGCUCCUCGUUUCCUGAUGAGGGAAGUUCUCCAGGAGGCUCUUGUGGCUCCUUCUGGCUCCAGUGAGUCACAUUUGGCUCUUGUGGCUCCUUCUGGCUCCAUGUGCAUAUUUGUGGAGGAGAGCUUCGACUUCCAGAUCGUGUCCCUCACGGGUCAAACGUGGCAUUUUGAGGCGACGUCGUACGAGGAGCGAGACGCCUGGGUCCAAGUGAUCGAGAGUCAAAUCCUCCACAGUCUGCAGAGCUGCGAGUCCAGCAAGAACAAGUCUCGUUUGCCGAGUCAGACUGAGGCCAUGGCUCUACAGGCCAUCAGGAACCAGAGAGGAAACAGCCUGUGUGUCGACUGUGGAGCCAGAGACCCGGACUGGGCGAGUCUGAACCUGGGGGCCCUCAUCUGUAUCGAGUGUUCUGGGAUCCACAGGAACCUGGGCACUCACCUGUCGAGGGUUCGGUCGCUGCACCUGGACGACUGGCCCCUGGAGCUCAUCAAAGUCCUGAGCAGCAUCGGCAACGACCUGUGCAACGCCGUGUGGGAGGGCAGCACCCAAGGGCGACAGAAGCCCACGCCCGACGCCUCCAGAGAGGAGCGCGAGCGUUGGAUCCGGGCGAAGUACGAGCAGCGCCUGUUCCUGCCGCCCCUGCCGCCCUCGGACCUGUCUCUGGGGCAGGCGUUGCUCCGGGCGGUCGCCGACGACGACCUGCCGUCCGUGGUCCUGAUCCUGGCCCACGGGUCCAGAGUCCAGGUGAACCAGACCUACAGCGAGACCGACCCCAGGACCGCCCUGCACCUGUCCGCCGGCAGGGGCAACGUGGUCGUCACCCAGCUCCUCAUCUGGUACGGCGUGGACGUGGCGGCGCGCGACGCCUUGGGGCACAGCGCUCUGGCGUACGCGCGUCAGGCUCAGAGUCAGGACUGCGCCGAGGUCCUGGUCCAGUACGGUUGCCCCGAGGACCGAGUGCCGCUGGCGGCGGCGCUGACGCCGUUGGCCGCCACCCCCAACCUGUCGCGCAGGAACAUGAACCGCAACAACAGCUGCAGCAGCGCCGGCUCGGCCGCGCUGCUAUAGGCCCCGCCCACUGUCCACUGACACACCCACUGCCCCGCCCACUGUCCACUGACACACCCACUGCCCCGCCCACUGUCCACUGACACACCCACUGCCCCGCCCACUGUCCACUGACACACCCACUGCCCCGCCCACUGUCCACUGACACACCCACUGCCCCGCCCAUCAUCCAGACACACCUACUGCCCAUAGCCCCGCCCACCACAGGAACUUCAACACUAACAAGAAGUUUAAUGCACAAACACACACACACACACACACACGACACACACACACAACACACACACACAACACACACACACACGACACACACAACACACACACACAGGGGAUAUAAUGUGUGUAAUCAUGAAUAGUGACGCCCCACAGGAUUCUGGGAGAUGUGGUCCAAGAGAAACAGAGAAGAAGGAGGAAGAGGAGAGUUUGAGGGUCAGAGGUCAGAGGGUCGGGGGGUCUGUGGGGUCAGAGGUCAGGGGGGGUCAGAGGUCGGGGGUCAGAUGUGAAGUGAGUGUGAGGAGCAGGUUUUUCUGAUCAUGUAAAGUUGUGAGAAAAGUGAAACGGUGGAAUGUUCCCGACGCCGAAUGAGACGUUUUUGUUUUUGCCACUACAAAAUAAGAGCCUCCCUUUUUAAUGUACAGAUAUUUAAAUCCACACUAAACAGACUUUUAUUUUGACGAGCACUUCCUGUCCCCACACUACACAAACACCCGCUGUUAAAGUCUGUAACGUUGUGACGAGGAAACGACCGCGACCGCAAAGGACGCUGGGAAACGCAGUCCACAGUCUCCUCCUCCUCCUCCGCCGCCGCCGCCGCAGGAAAAACACUCAACAAACAACACAUUCUUUUUACCUCAUGGACGACGGCCAGUUCCUGUGACAUCACCCCCGAGAGCCAAUCAGACGCCAGCGCUGAGGCGGCGAGGCGGACGCGUCGGUCGGGACUCGUUUGUAGACGUAGUUUGAUGCAUGUUUUUGUAAAGUUUAUUUAAAUUGUGAAUAGUGAGAUUUUCAUUGCUGGACCAAUGUUUGAAGAACGAGGAGGAAAAAAGGAGGAUUUAGUUUUUUGUUUUUUUUUAUGUGAAAUAUUUGAACGUGAAAAGAGACGCUCAGGAACUUUUUAUGUUUGGGAUUUUUUUACAAUUUGACCCAAAAUUACACUUAAGACAAAAAAAGAACCGGAAAUCUCAAAGAAAAAUCUAAAACAAACCAAGAACCAGGACUAAACCAAGUCUAAAACCAGGACUAAACCAGGACUAAACCAGGUCUAAACCAGGACUAAACCAGGACUAAACCAGGACUAAACCAGGUCUUUUCUCUCUGUGAGGUUCUGUUUUCUUGUUUUUUGAGAUUUCUGUGUUUUUUUGUUUUUUUUGUCUUAAAUCCAAAUCAAAGGUGAAAAAGCCACAAAAGGAUCAAAGGGAAAAAGUGUCACAGACGAAACUCAAACUGAACCUGAAAACCUCUGGACGAAGGGUUUUUCUGCUGCGACGACGCCAACGUCAGACUGAACCUCCACAAAACCCACGCCCACAAAAAAAUGACAAUUUCACUUUUUUUGGUCUGAAAUUUCAUUUUUUUCUGGGUUUGAAUCAAAAGAAAUUUACCAGAAGUUUCUGAAAUUUCACCAGAACUAAACCAGGACUAAACCAGUUCUAAACCAGGACUGAACCAGGACUGAACCAGGACUGAACCAGGACUGAACCAGGACUAAACCGGGACUAAACCAGGACUGAACCAGGACUGAACCAGGACUAAACCGGGACUGAACCGGGACUGAACCAGGACUAAACCGGGACUGAACCAGGACUAAACCAGGACUGAACCAGGACUAAACCAGGACUAAACCGGGACUGAACCAGGACUAAACCAGGACUAAACCGGGACUGAACCAGGACUAAACCAGGACUGAACCAGGACUAAACCAGGACUAAACCAGGACUGAACCAGGACUAAACCAGGACUAAACCAGGACUAAACCAGGACUAAACCAGGACUGAACCAGGACUAAACCAGGACU